GGUUCCGGUUCUGGGCCGGGGCUCGGCAGCGGCACGGCGGCGUCGGGGCGGCCGCAGGGCGGGAGCUGUCAGCCCCUCGUUUCGUAAAGGAUUUGCUUUUGCUGCAGGCCUGGAGUGUGAGCUGGCCGUGACCCUGGUGGGACAGCCCCUCGUGAGGCAGCAGCUGAUGAAGGGAUUGAGGCAGUUCCUGGAGAAGCGCAGCCCCGAGAAGCCCCUCGUCAUGUCCUUCCACGGCUCCACCGGGACGGGAAAAACCUUCGUGAGCUCCAUGCUGGUCCGCCACCUCUUCCCGGAGGGGCUGCAGAGCCCCCACGUCCACCAGUUCUCCCCCAUCGUUCACUUCCCCCACGCGGAGCACGUGGAGCGGUACAAGGAAAACCUGAAGCACUGGAUCCAAGGGAACUUGACAAACUGCGGACGGUCGGUCUUUCUCUUUGAGGAGAUGGACAAGAUGCACCCGGGCCUGAUUGAUGUGAUCAUGCCAUUCCUGGGACCCUCGUGGGUUGUGUAUGGGACCAACUACCGCAAAGCGAUCUUCAUCUUCAUAAGCAACGCGGGAGGAGAGCAGAUCAAUGAAAUGACGCUGGAUCUCUGGCGUGCUCACCGGGACCGGGAGGAGAUCAGCCUGCAGGACAUGGAGUCAGCCAUCUCCAAAGCAGUGUUCGAGAACCCUCAGAGUGGAUUCUGGAAAUCUGGGAUCAUUAAUGAACAUCUCAUUGAUUUUGUCGUGCCCUUCCUCCCACUGAAGCGCCACCACGUAAAGCAAUGCGUCAUCAACGAACUUGUGCAGCAAGGGCUGGAAGUACGUCAGGGUGUUGUCCAGGAGGUGGCUGACAGCAUCCCCUACUUCCCAGAAGAAGAGAAAUUAUUUUCAUCAACAGGCUGCAAAACUGUGGCCUCUCGGAUCAGUUUUUUCUUCUAGCCUUGCUCAGGUCCAUAGGGGAUGUAUAUGGAACUGCAAAGCUGCAGAGCCACAGACUAGUGGGAUGAGCACCAGGAGCUACGUGUUACCAUGCAGUAGCAGAAGUGCUCUCCUGCUGAAUUUGUCUUUCCAGCCCCAAGGACACUAUCACAGGAUGCAACUGUGGGAGCAAGCGCAAGUGAUUUGAUUUAAAGCACUUUAUCAUUUAUUCUGUGGCCAGGUGAAGGUGGAUAUGCACCACCCGAGUCAUAGCUGUGAUGAAAAAGGGAAGAUGUCAGGAGGGACUGCAGCGUCAGGGAGGUUUCUUACUCUGUCAGCAGCACCAACCUGCAGCUCUCUCCUCUUCUGGCAGCUUCUGCUAUCCAAUGCAUGAAGAUUCUGAGCCCAAAAAAGAAUUAUUUUUUUUUAAUACAUCAUUUUAGCAUUUUGAAAAGCCAUCUUGGCAGUACCUCAGUUCCUUGGUACCAUGUGACGAUGCUGGUGCUGACUGCUGCACUGCUGACUGGUGAACACCCUCAACAUUACAGUAAAGUUUCCUCUGCAAGGAAAUUUUAAAGCCCACUUCUUUCCAGUUUCAUUUCACUGUGAAUAGGUGCUGGUAGGGACCACCAACAAGCACAGAGACAUAACGAAGGAAAUGGCAAUGCCCAGCCUGCCAAGAACUCAGUUCUCCCUACUUGUACCUCUGCCCAUCUUUCCCCCAAGGUCCAAAGGAUUUCCCUGCAGCAAACCAUGGAAAUAAAUUAAAAAAAAACCAAACAAACAAGACUUACUGAGCUACAAAAAAGUUCAGUGCUACCUCCGGGGGAGACCGUGGUGCCGCUAAUGAUUUUUCUGAAAUACUUUUAUUCAGGGGUGAUUUCUACAGCAGGCCGAGGAGUUGGUGCUAUGAGCUCUUGAGCUUCUUUCACAUCCUCCUGCUUUUCAGACCUUGCAGGCUUUUGCUGGACCAGCUCUGCUCAGCUUCAUGGGAGUGCCACUUAUGUGGGGACCUGAGGACAAGUUAGAGAAGUUUGUACUCCACGCUGUCAAGCACAGGGUGUAUGGCACUGCUGGCCUUUGUCCCAUUUUCAUCUCUGCAGUCGGUUACUGGAGCACAGUUCAGAGGAACCAGAAUCAUUCAUACUCUGGGAACAAACUGCCUGAGGAGGGUGUGUGAUCUGGGACAUUUCUGAAGGUUCCUGACAUUCCUCUCGUGCCCUGUGCUGAAAUGAGCUCCCAGCACUCAGGACCAUUCCAGCCCUCCUCCAGAGCUGCAGCUUCGGGGACACCCAUUGGAGGAACCACCUAAAUGCAGCCCAGGAGCUAGUCCAUGCACAGACCAUCCUGCCUGCAGAAGUGUUAGCAUUUCUAAUUUUAAAAUAAAUCUUUUAUGAAAUAAA